CUCAUGGAAACAUGGCAUUCUGAUUGGCCCAAUAGUCAACCUAUAGGCGUUGACGACUUGGAUAUAUACGAGGCGCCAACGUCAUGCGUUACCAAGCGAACAUGUCCCCAACUGACCUUCCCUUCCGAGCUCCCCUGCCAAUACGUACCCAUCCACCUCCUAAUCGCUUUAUGUACAUAGGCAGGUAGUCAUGCCAGAGCAUUUACAUCUCCCUUCGACACCCUCUCCUUAAAUACCGCUCCAUCCCCUCGAGCCACUCCGGUCAGAGAGGCUCACGGAACAGUCCGGCAGCAAUCAUGGCACGCUCCCACCUCUUCCUCGCUUUUGUCGCCGCCUUCACUGCUGCGCUCAUCUUUGGCCAGUUGGUGUUUGGCUUCAACCUCGACUUCAACUCGAGCCCAUACCAGCGCCAGCAGCAGACUCAUUCGUUCGCCAAAAACCAGGCCGACGAGCCUGCGCCCGAGGCAGAUGCUUCCCAGUACCUCGUCGGCGUGGGGAGAGCCGACAUCACCGGCCCUGUUGUCGAGCUCAACCUCAUGGGAUAUGCCAAUACAUCCCAAGUCGGGACCGGUCUACGCCAACGCCUGUAUUCACGUGCCUUCAUCGUGGGCAGCCCCAGCAACCCCAGCGACCGUAUCGUCUACCUAGUUCUCGAUACCCAGAGUGGCGACACUGCCAUUCGCAAUGGCAUUCUCGAGGGCCUCCAGAACUUGGGCUCCGAUUACUCCGUCUAUACCAGGAAGAACGUCGCAGUCACGGGCACCCACAGUCAUGCCGGACCUGGCGCGUGGCUCAACUACCUCCUCCCUCAAAUCACCAGCUUGGGAUUCGAUAAGCAGAGCUACCAGGCCAUCGUAGACGGCGCUUUGCUCUCCAUCAAGCGCGCCCACGAGGGGCUCACCGAGGGAACUGUCAGCUCCGGUACCACCAACAUCAAUGAUGCCAACAUCAACCGCAGUCUGUUCGCCUACCUUGCAAAUCCCGAAGAAGAACGUGCCCGCUACACCGACAACGUCGACAAGACCAUGACCCUUCUCAAGUUCACCCGUGCUAGUGAUGGGAAGAGCAUUGGCGUCCUGAACUGGUUCGCGGUUCAUGGUACUAGUCUAUUGGGGAACCAGACCAUUGUUGCUGCAGACAACAAGGGUGUGGCCGCCUAUUUGCUCGAGAAGGAUGUGGACGCGAACGCCGCUGCUUUGAACGCUGCCCCUGGCUUCGUGGCCGGCUUCUCGCAGGCCAACGUAGGCGACACAACCCCCAAUGUGAACGGCGCAUGGUGCGAAGAUGGCUCCGGCCAGGAGUGCAAGGUAUCUGACAGCACCUGUGGCGGUAAAAGCCAGGACUGUCACGGAAGGGGUCCCUUCUUUGGACUAAAUGACGGCGGUGUCAAGUCGUGCUACGAGAUCGGAAAGAGACAGUACGAGGGCGCAAAGUCCAUUCUUACGUCCGACAGCUUCACCCCCUUGUCUGGAAAUGUACGAUCUUUUCACACUUUUGUCGACUUUUCCAACUUCACUUUCGCCCUGAGCAACGGAACCACCGUCAAAACAUGCCCAGCUGCAAUGGGCAAUGCUUUUGCUGCCGGAACGUCGGACGGUCCUGGAGCCUUUGAUUUUGUGCAGAACGACCCGGGGGCGCCCAACAAUCCUUUCUGGAAUGUUGUAGGCAGUCUUAUUGCUCCCCCUAAUGCUGAGCAGCGAAGCUGCCAGCAGCCUAAGCCAGUCCUUCUCAAUGUUGGUCAAGCCAAGGUCCCAUACGACUGGUCUCCCAACAUUGUCGACAUUCAGGUACUCCGUCUCGGCCAGUUCUUCAUCAUCGUCUCGCCUGGCGAAGCUACCACCAUGUCUGGGCGCCGCUGGCGCGAGGCUGUCUACAAUGCAGCCGUUUCCUCCAGCCUUGUGCCUUCUAGCACCCCUCCUAUCGUGGUUCUCGGUGGACCUGCCAACACGUACACGCACUACAUCGCCACGCCUGAGGAGUAUGGUGUUCAACGUUAUGAAGGAGCAUCCACGCUGCACGGGCAAUACACCCUGAAUGCUUACAUCAACAACACUCUCACCUAUCUACCCUUCCUAGCAGAUUCAGCAACCUCUUCGGCCCCGGCUGGCCCUUCACCACCAGACAAUCGCGGCCGCAGCAUCAGCCUCAUCACCGGCGUCGUCUACGACAGCAAUGGUUCCAAACCCUACGGUUCCGUGGUCACUGACGUAUCCUCGUCAUACACUUCAGGCUCUGUUGUCCGUGCCGUUUUCGUGGGCGCCAACCCCCGCAACAAUCUCCGCCUCGAAAACACUUUCACCGCCGUUGAGCGUCAGAACUCUGACGGUACAUGGACGCGUGUUAGAGAUGACAAGGAUUGGGAACUUGUAUACGAGUGGAAGCGCGUCAAUGGGCUGUUGGGAACCAGCGAGGUUACCAUCACGUGGGAUACCGCUGUCUCUGGCGCUUCGCAGGGCACGUACCGGUUGAAGUACUACGGGGAUGCGAAAGCCGCUUUUGGAGGCGCCAUCACCGCGUUCGAGGGCACUAGCGGCGUGUUUACGAUCGCGUAG